ACGUCAGUAAUUUUUAUCAAAUCGUAUAGGUUAGGUGUCCUGUUUACUUGUCAGUGCUUCCGUUUAUACUAGUUUGUCUACACGGCCUAGGAAAAUUCUAGUUCUACAAUAUGGAUAUAAUCUCAUCUCCUGGGAAGUACUGAAUUCUAUGUCAUUGAAGCUUUAUUACUUGAUACUGGGUCAUUAUGUUUUUCCCUAUUGGAUGGCCUCGAGUACUGAACUCAACAGAUCCUGAAAAUAUUCGUGCAAUAGUUUGCAACAGAGAUAAAAAGCUCUUUGCUAUUCUUACUACUGAUGCUCUGGCCAUAUGGUUUUGUAAGCCCUGUGUACCUAUCGUAUUUAAUAGACGUAAUGCAGACUCUCUAAGAAAGCAUGGUGACAAUACUCUAGUUCAGUGGCGUCCAGAUUCCAGCAUGCUGGUGGUCACGACUACUGACAGUUAUCUUCUCUUUUAUCGACUCUUUGAUGGUGGUGCAGAAGGUCACAGUUUAUAUGAGCAGAAAGAUUCUCCUGUGAGCAGUCUGAGAAGGGACAGUGCUGAACUCUUCAUUAAAGAAAUUAUACCAACAUUGUUUUUGUCAUUUGAAAAAUCAGUAUGGAUCGAUGGUGGUAUCAGCUCUUUGGUAUGUAUCCGCGAUGAACUCAUGAUAGCCACCAAAACAAGUCAUGUAGUCCGACAUAAAUGGGAUGGAUUAGCUAAUAGAGACUAUUCAUUGGAUCUCCGGCGAAUUCCUUUUAGUGUAGAUCAACAAGUUUCUACUACCGCAUUACCCAUAGCAGAAAACAACGUUUAUGUAGCGGAUAUUGAAUACUCUCCACCUAUUGGUGGUUUUGCUGUGGUUCUAAACAAUGGCAAAGCUGCUUUUCUCACUGCAGAGUCUUUGAAAUUUGACCCUAAUCAAGUCCAAGGAAUAUGGGCUCGGGAUCUAGAAGAUGCCACGUGUGCUGCAGUUAAUCAUAAGUAUCGUCUUAUAGCAUUUGGUAGACAAAAUUCGGAGGGUGCUGUAUAUUAUGUGGAUGAAAGUACAGGCAGUCUGGAAGUAUCACAUACUCUAAGCCUAUCAUCGAAGGACUAUCCUGGUAGGCCAGGUAGUGUUAGAUGUCUAAGAUGGACUCCAGAUAGUUGUGCAAUAGCCUUAGCCUGGGAAGGUGGUGGUUUUGCAAUUUGGAGUGUGUUUGGUGCUUUGCUACUCUGCACGUUAAAAUGGGAUUAUGGUCUAAGGACAGAUCUGAUUCGCGACAAUCCACUUCAUAUUCACACAAUGGAAUGGUCAGCAGAAGGAUAUCAACUGUGGAUGCUACAAGAAUCUGGUAGCUCCAGUACCAUUGAAGAAAAUGGUAACAAUAAUGGUAUCAGUUGUAAAAGGCGAUCACUCAUACAAAUGGAUUUUGUCAAGAGUCCAUUGACUGUAAAUCCAUGCAUGAGCCAUCAUGGAAACUUGUACCUUCAAGGUGAAGAUAGAUUAUACCUUAACCUAGGCGGUGGGGUAUCGACAAAUGUCUAUGGUUUUCAUCAAGUGAAUGAUUUACCAUUAGAUAUUUCUAACCAACCAUUAGCCAGUACAAAGCAGUGGUUAGUGGUAACAAUACCUAGUGCCUACAGUGGUUGUAACUGGCCAAUCAGAUAUACAGCAAUAGACAAUGAGGGUAUUAGUAUCGCUGUGGCUGGGCGUACAGGUCUAGCGCAUUACUCCCUUUUGUCAAGAAAAUGGAAACUUUUUGGUAAUGAGACUCAAGAACGUGAUUUCAUAGUGACCGGUGGACUUUUAUGGCAUCGUGGCUAUUUGAUUGCUGGUAGUUAUUCGUUACUUGAAGACAAAGACCAAAUUAGAAUCUAUCCCAGAGAUACACGACUGGAUAAUAGUUAUGUCAAGAACUUUAGAAUGCCUUCGCAAGUUCUACUUUUGAAUACGCUGAAGGAGAAACUACUAUCCUUUUGUGCCAAUGGACAAAUCUCAAUUUAUGAUAUGACUGUCGAAGGUGUUGAAGGUUCUGGAGCCAUUGAACUCACUAGAAUUCAGACAGUUGACAUUAGUGGUUUGUGUGUUCAUCCAGCAUGUGUGGUUAGUGCUACUCUGACUACAAUCCGGGCAGAAACAGCAGGGAGUCAUCCGCAUCCGGAGAGUCUUCUUCUAAAUGUUUCUGGCCGACUUCUAAUGGUGCAGCGUGAACAUGGUAAUCCGGAUAAUCCCGAUGUGCUCUACACCUGUAGCACACCAACAGUUCUUGCAUCCUGUGUGGAGAAUGUAUGGGUGCCUUGGAGGUCUCGAAGAGAUAAACCACACUUAACUGAAGCUUUAUGGUUAUUUUGUGGUGCACAUGGAAUGCGCGUAUGGUUACCACUCUUUCCUAGGAAUCAUCAAGACAAGGCGCAUACUUUUAUGAGUAAAAGGAUAAUGCUCCCUUUUCAUUUAAGAAUUUAUCCAUUGGCUAUCCUCUUCGAGGAUGCUAUACUCCUAGGCGCUGAAAACGACACCGUUCUUUACACGUCAGAUACACACUCACCAUUCUCAUUACCUUUUAGUUUACUAGAAUUGACAAGCCAGGUAUAUUUGCAUCAGAUACUACGACAACUGAUACGUAGAAAUUUGGGUUAUCAUGCCUGGGAAAUUGCAAGAUCCUGUUCGGCUCUUUCAUAUUUUCCUCAUUCCUUGGAAUUGCUUCUUCAUGAAGUACUCGAGGAAGAGGCUACCAGCAAAGAACCGAUUCCAGAUGCUCAAUUACCGUCUGUAGUAGAAUUCAUUCGAGAGUUUCCUGGUGUCUGGGCCAGAGCCGUGGUGCAGUGUGCUAGGAAAACUGAAAUUGCACUUUGGCCUUAUUUAUUUUCUGUUGCUGGAUCGCCAAAAAAGUUACUUCAAGAUUGUCUACAACGUCAACAAUUGGAUACCGCAGCUAGUUACCUGAUCAUACUUCAAAAUCUCGAGCCAUCCUCAGUCAGCAGGCAGCAUGCCACACUACUACUAGAUGCUGCUCUAGAACAGGGCAGAUGGGAACUCUCGAAGGACCUAGUACGAUUUCUAAGAGCUAUUGAUCCUAAUGACGUGGAAUCACCCAGAACAUCCUGGGGUGGUACCGGAAAACUUGGUGGACCUCCUCAGACUCCACCCGUUUCUCCACAUGAAGAUGACCUCUCUCUCGUUCUGGGAACGAUGCAGGUAUCACGCAGUAGAAGCUACAGCACUACAAUUAAUCCUAAAUCACAGUCCGAGACAAGCAGUAAGGAUGCUUCGGGAUCAUCUAUGCUGGAGAAAACUAGAAACGUUGUAAUGAGACGUAAGAAGUCUGUACCUGUUGUAGCUAAGACCGAAAAGACAUCAGAAAGCAAAGAGGGUUCCGCUGAAGAGUUUUUCAUUGACGUAAUACUCCAACGACAUGCACGUCGCCUUUUAUCGGCGCGUCGUUUAGCUGAUCUAGGUAGAUUUGCAGCAAGAUUAGAUUUCCACUUGGUGACUUGGCUCGCCAGAGAGCGCGAUCGCGCUGCCAAGAUAGACGACUAUGUUGUUGCCCUGAAGGCCGUUCACGAGGACUUUGCUGUUCCUUAUCCAACAUUAUUUCGUAGAAUGAGCACCAUUUCAUUACAGUCUACGAAAUCUGUCAGUUUUGACAAUCCUGAGGAGGAGGAUACUGGAGCUGUACCUACACUUGCUAACACAUUAAUAAGUCCUAACAUUGCUGUUGAUCUACCAGAUAGUGGUUAUACCAGUUUACCAAGUGGAAGACCACCAUAUACUAGUUUGGUGUCUCCGGUAGCUAGUUUGGAAACACAAUUCCCUGCUGUGGAAGCUAAACUUACACCCCACAUGUUCCAAGAUGCUAGCAGUGUACUAAGCGACAGUACUACCGUGUGGAGAGAUGAUGUGGAAUCAAGAAUAGGUACCGGUGUUACUAGCAGAGGAUGUUGGGCCUCACCAGAACCCAUGCUAGAACCUAACAUUGAUACGCCCAUAGCUUCAACUUCUUUGAGCUCCUCUUUAGGAGCAAAUUCUGGAUCCGUAAGUAGAGCUGAGGUCCAGCUCAGAUAUCUUCUCCAACUGUUUCUGGAAGGAGGAUGUCUAGGAUGGGCUGCAGUGCUAGCCAUUAUACUUCGAGACGUACCUGCUCUGGCGAGGACUGCCAGAGCUGCCCAUGCACCGAUGCAAACACUAGAUUCAAUCAUUAAUCUAAGAGAUGGUUUGAUGGGGCUCGUUAAGUGGUCUGAUCGUGAAUGUUUGGGUUAUAAUCCAUUCCUCGUGGGAAAACCAAUACAAAGUCAAGUAUCAUUAUUGAGUCGAUUAGUAUUAACAAAACAUCAGCAACAGAAACUGGAAGACGUACCACGGGAAAAUAGUACAACACCAUCCCCAAGCCCAGCACCAUCCUCAGGAAGUAAUCCCAGAGGAAACAUAUCAAGAUCAAGACAUUCCUCAAUUAGUCACACUUCUACGACGGCGCCCCUAGAAGAAGAACGCUCCCAUGAGUCUUCCUUGUCUAACGACGAACCAGGAUUCCGAGGAAGUUACAGUAAUCUCCCAAGCGGUGCCGAGAAUAGAGCACCACAGUCAGACUGUAUAAUCUCGUAGACAAUUUCAUCAAUUUCUUAGCAUAGGAUAAAACUCCUGAAAUCUAAACUCAAUUACUCGUAAGUUUCCUAAGAGAUUGGUCAUCUUACUCGUUCAGAUUUUCAACCACGAGUCAAUGAUUGAGUCAGUGUAGAAUGAAUUGCGACUUCACAAAGAGCCUAUACAGGGUCAGGAUUGAGCAAGUAUAUUUAACAAUUUACUCAAAAAAUCAAAAAAACAAUCUUGCUCGUUCCACACUUAAUCAAACUGUCCAUUUAACACUGGGCAUACAACCUCGACUGUAUGUCAUCAUAUGAUAUGAUACUCUAGAUAUUUGCCAAGGAUUGCUCAAGAUCGGAUACUUAUAAGUAUUCUUGCAAUUAAUCCUCGGAUAUGAUCUAUCUGGUGAUUAAAAAACGAGGUUCGAUAUUAAUAGAGCGACAAUUAAAGAGUGCAUUUACGAUUUCGCGAUUGUCCACUUAAUUCUCUUUUAUUUCUUUCGUGGUUUUCGCGGAAUCGUGGGCCAGUUAUUAUAAUUAUGUGCAAAUAUUGUACGAGAUAUACCUAUGAUUUUAAAUACAUACGUUAUAUUUUCCCAUA